AUGGGUAUGAAUGACAAAGUGCUUCGCAGCGUUUACGACUACGGUUUCAAGAAACCAUCUGAGAUUCAGCAGAGAGCUGUCUUGCCUAUUCUUAAAGGACGUGAGGUUAUCGCUCAGGCUCAGACUCAGUCUGGUACUGGUAAAACUUCCAUGAUUGCAAUCUCCGUCUGCCAACUAGUCAACACUUCCUCCAGAAAGAUUCAGGUUUUGGUCUUGUCUCCAUCAAGGGAAUUUGCUUCACAAACAGAGAAGACGAUAGAGUCUAUUGGACUACAUACCAAUAUUCGGGCAUAUGCCUGCAUCGGUGGUAAGAGCGUUGGAGAUGUCAUCAAAAAGCUGGAGAUUUCACAUGACGACUCUAAGCGACAUGGAGCGGUACAAGGGUACUCGAAUCCGCUAGAUGCCUGCUGA